GAAGCCGGCGGGGGCCUGGACGGCGGGCAAGGCAAGCGGAAGAGGCUGUUCUCCAAAGAACUAAGAUGCAUGAUGUAUGGAUUCGGAGAUGACCAGAACCCUUACACAGAAUCGGUGGACAUUCUUGAGGACCUGGUAAUAGAGUUUAUCACAGAAAUGACACACAAGGCCAUGUCAAUUGGGCGGCAAGGUCGCGUACAGGUUGAAGACAUUGUCUUUUUAAUACGCAAGGACCCGCGGAAGUUUGCCAGAGUUAAAGACCUCCUAACUAUGAAUGAAGAACUGAAACGAGCCAGAAAGGCCUUUGACGAAGCAAACUAUGGUUCUUGAUUCUGUGUGCAGGCUGCACUGGGGCAUUACUUGGGCACCUGUUGCCCAAAAGGAGGGAAUGUCACAUGUGCUGUCUGGGGGGGUGUUAUUCAGGAUGGAGAUCACUGUUGGGAUGUCUGCCCUCCCAGCCUUUUCUGAGAAGCAUUCAAGCAGCUGAAUGUUACCUGACUGUAUGUGGUAUGCUGAGGUAUUUUUACACCGU